AGGAAGUUGUGUGGAAGCAGCGCGGACCUACGGCGCACCGAACGCACUCCAACAGAACCCGACGCAGACGCGCGCUUUCAACCGGCGGAGACACCGGCAGGGCCAGAAACGCGCGCAGCGGCGGCCGGAGUAUCUUAAAUAGUGAAGAUGGAGAAAUAUUCAAUAAUGAAGAGCAUGAAUAUGCAUCCAAAAAAAGGAAAAAGGACCAUUUUAGAAAUGACACAAAUACUCAAAGUUUUUAUCGUGAAAAAUGGAUCUAUGUCCAUAAAGAAAGCACAAAAGAAAGGCAUGGCUAUUGCACCUUGGGAGAAGCCUUUAAUCGGUUAGACUUCUCAAGUGCAAUUCAAGAUACCCGAAGGUUCAAUUAUGUGGUCAAAAUGAUGAUUAUUCCCCACCUUCUAAGAGACAAAGACCAACGAGCCACCACAGCCACCAGUCCCAGAACCCGCCAAUGCUGGGGAACGGAAAAUGAGGGAGUUCAACUCUGGCCCUCACAAUCCAGUGGAGGAGACGAAACUCAUCUGCCUCUGUCCCUCUGGGCACGCCUCAUGCCAGGUGCAUCUGUGGACGGGGGCCAUGCUCCUGGGCUUCCAAAGUUGGAGAAAGCUGCCAGGCUCAGGUCUGAAGGCCAGAAUUCUACAGUAAGUCCUACUGAGUCAAGGUGGGAGCAGGGUCGGUGGCUUCCGAGGCUCUGCGGGAGAAUCCGUUUCCUGGCCGUAGAGGUGGCCUGCACUCCUCAGCUUGUGCUGCCCGUCUCGAAUGACUGGAGUUUCCUGCUUCUGUCACUACACCUCCCACCCUCUCCAUCACCUGCUCUGCUCUUACAAGGAUCCGAGUGGAGUCUUGCUCUGUCAUCCAGGCUGGCAGUGGCGUGAUCUUGGCUCACUGCAAUGUCUGCCUCCUGGGUUCGGGUGAUUCUCCUGCCUCAGCCUCCUGAGUAGCUGGGACUACAGGCGCCCGCCACCAUGCCCUGCUGUUUUGU